AGAACCCAGCGGGGUGUAGAAGUGGUACUAGAAUUAUUUCAGGAGCUUUUACAAAAGACACCGGGCGGCCACGGCGGUCCCCUGCGCGCCCGCGUUCUUGGGGCGGAUGGCAUUUUUUUAUGCGGACUAGAUGACGAACUUCCACGACUCUUGCGGGUCGCUUCGGUUGAAGACCAUUUGCAAGUUCUUACAGUUGUAAAGAACCGCCCGUCGGCGAAGAAUUCUCAAAAUGGAUCCCCACAUCUCGCCCUUCCUGCAGCCCCAGCCGUUCGGCGCGAACGAGGUGGUGGUCGCCCCCUUUGCGACAAGGAAUUUGCGGUUUUCCCAAAUCCGGAAGUUCCCCUUCCGCAACCUGCCGCACCCGAGCGAACUGCAGGAAUUGCGGGACCACAUCCGAAAGAAAGCCGAAGAGAAGGAGUUCGGGAAAAAGGGCGGCGGUAGUAGUGCUAGUUCGAGUUCAAGGAAAAGGAAACAGCCCUCCGGGGCCGCGGGAGGAGGAGGAGGCUUUGGUGGAAGCAGCAACAAGCGACGACCCGCUGCACCUGCGAGCAGCAGCACGAGAAGAAAAAAUAAGCCCGCCGGGGGCGGGCAAACGCACAAGAAUCAUGGGAGUACCAGCGCGACCAGCCCCCGGAGACCGCAGACCACGCCCGCGAAUGGAGCCCCGGCGAUGAACCGCUCUCUGUCCGGGUCCUCCAUCGACCCGGCAAACCAGUCUGUGCGAUCCUGGCUCCAGUUUUCGCCCAGCUUGCAGUCCAGCCAGUACUCCGGAAUGACGUACACGAACAACGUAUCGUGUGUAAGAACGACGCCCCUAAAAUAUCCCCAGAGUUGUCAUGCAAAUCUGCAUGCCUAAAAACGGUUCUCGUGUGCAACUCCAUGAGAGGCAUUUUCUCAGCAUGCUGUGUGCGAGGACUUUGUUGCGCUCAUCUAACCAUGCGAUAAGGAGCUAGAUUUAUGAUGUGACUUCACUAGCCAAGAACCACUACACUAGAGACCUAGACUUACCAUGCGCAACACGAGCCACACCUUGUUGAUUUAUGUUGCAAAGCCACCAUACGCAUACUCUAGGGUCGUGGGGACGUUUUGAUAUUUCCUCAGGAUAGAACGACGGCAGAAGCUUCAUCGACCCCAACUAUUGGCCCAAGUACUCCAUCCACCAGUCCGAAUUUUCCCGGAACGCGCCCCCGUUAUCAAUUGCAAAAUUGUCUGGGUCUGGAAAGUUGGAACUUGUGAUGCUACCUUUGGACUCUACAUAAAAUCUGUAUUGCAUGAACAGCAUAUUAAGAGGCGCAAUUCGUGCUACGCGAAGAGGGCAUUUCUCAUUCGGUAUGAGCAUCAGAAAGCCCUCGCAGAGUCUCUGAUGCUAGGGCAUGCAUCACAGACCUCAUGGGUCAUGGAAAAUCUGCAUGACAAACUUCUGCACUCUUCCAGACCCAGACAUAUUUGCAUUUGAUACCCGUACGACACCUACAACUGCGGGAGAUCGUUGCUCAACGCACACCUCCUGGAGCAGGCCGUGCAACCCCGGCCCAUGACGCAGCAGGAGUACAGUCGGGUGAAGUGGGGCACGAAGGCGAUUCGGACCAUGACGCGGAAGGGAAAGAACCUGGGUCUGCUGGACAGCCAAAACAGCGGGGUCUUCACCGAGUGGCUGCGCUACAAGCAGCAAACCGACCGGCCGGACUGGUACGACCGGCAUCAUUUGACGUACGCAAACGACGGAAAGUAAGACCCGGGAAAUAGCAGGCAGGGCAUAUCUGUAAAAGGCAAAAAUCAGAAACACGCGGAAGUUCUUCUUCAUCUUGUGUAUCCUCAUCUUGUGUAAUAUCCGAAGCAGCAUGUUGCAGCUAAGGCGCUGCUUAUGGCGGGUCUUUGUGUGCAGUUGAUAUUUUUGCAGUACAAAUAAGCCCUGCCUGGCUGCUUUUUUCUGUGGGAUAGGAAGAUCCAAACCAUGCGGGAGUACUUCGACCGCAAGAAGACCAUUCCCGACGAGCAGCUGGAUUACGUCAUACGAACCCGGCAGAACCGCUACAAAUUCGAAAAGCGACCUUGGACGGAGGGUGAGGAUAAAAUUGUUUUUUUUGGUCCUUGUAUAAGAACGACGACCACGACUCCCGCAAAUAAACACAAAGAAAGUACUGCCGUUGUGACGAAAUGAAAAUCAUCGCACCUUCCUUCGUGUCAAUCUGUGCCUUUUCUGCGACCACAACUGAGGAAUUCGUUUUUUGCAAACUUCGAAACAAAUUUGUCUCAAAUUAAGCCAAUAAAGUGCCUAUUAUUUUAUCUAUCAGGUAACUGCCACUUUUUCCCCGAGCCUCCAUCGGGAAAAGGCAGUCGGCCCACGGUCACGGGGGCGCUACGGUCGGACUGGCAGGACGUGGCUACCACGAGGAAAAAUUUGGUAAAAAACAUCGAAAUAUGCAUUGCAAGAAAUAUGUCUGGGUCUGCAAAAAGGUUCAUUGCGGAACUUGUGAUGUCGAAGUCCAAUGCUUUGGAGCUCUGUAAUGCAUGCGGCGGAAUAGCAAUGGCGCCGCAUCUUUGUCACGAAAAAACACUGUUUCUCAUGCGGAUUACGCACCGGGAAAUGAACGUUCAAAGAUUUUUUAUGCUUGGCUGCGUACUGCAGUUAGUAAUAGUGUUAGUCCGUCAGACUCAGAAGUUUUAUCUUAGCAGGACAAUUAUUUUCAGACCUCGAUAUAUUUCCAAUGCAUACGAAAGAGAAACGUUGCUCGGGGACGAAGUGAACGAGCGGCGGUAUCCUGUGCAAAAGUGUCGUAUCCGUAAUAAUCGCAGAUGUGCAUGGUGCACAAAUUUGCUUUAUAUAUUUAUCCCAGCGUAAAAAACCAUCACGAAAAACUCGAUUUUCCAAGCGGAGCAGACUUCUCGUAUAUGCGAUAAUUACUGCUAGUACGACACUUUUGCAAUGCAUAGUCGGUUUUUGACAGCUAUUGCCGCGCGCGACGCUCUCGACGCGGUGGACCCGGAGCUGGGGCGUGCGAAACCAGGAACGGCGCCAGGAAGUACUGUUUUUUUGUCAAUGAUUCGCUAAGUGGAAACUGUGUUUUGUCAUGCGUAUUUCCCAUGUGAGAUUGGAUUGUCAUGCGUAGAACUGCGUGAGGAAUGAGAAAGUGUGGAUUUUUUCAACUCCGCAGACCUGCUCUCCGCGAGCACGAGCACGGGAAACGGCAGUGUCGAUUGGCGAGACGAUUUUGUGCGCUUGGAGUCGAGGCUAUGCAAUGCAAAUCAUGUUCCUGCCCUUUUCGACGUUAUCGAGGUUGUCAUGUGGAAUCUGCUUAAAUUUGAACCUGAGGCCAUGUACUUAUGCAAAAUUUGCAACGUACAACCUAUUUCUACGCUAGUUGUAGUGAGGCUCAUGAUGUGGAUCUCAAGUGUAAAUAGACGCAUGCUCCUCUUCUGUUUCCAUCUGCUAAAGAGUUGUGUUGCGCACACUGCGUGGUCAGGCGGACGUCCUGUCCGUGUGGUUCGGGGGUGAGGGUGAUUUUGGUGCAUACGGGAAAAAUUGGUACCUGCACUCGACCUCUCGCGAGUAUUUCAGUCCGGAGAAGACCGACUGAAGUUUUAUUUCACAAUCGAGUACUAUUAUCCAAAUGAACACGUAGGUGAUAUUGAUGAACAAAGCUAAUAUGCAAAAAAUGAACAAAUUCAAUACCGCGUUUUGCUAGAAUGAACACUAACACUUCUUGAUGGGCCUGGGGAGAGCUGUUGUACUUCUCACGUCGAGAUCGACUGACUUUAUGAUCCAGCGAGUCCACUUCUUCGAGAAUGUAUUUACGUUUCUGAACUUGCUUUCACUCUUGCAGUCGUCCUACAGAUGACCAGGACUAGCCCUACGGAUAGUCCUGGUGUACAGCUACGAGAGUAACAUGGGUGGAGGACCACCUUUCGCCACCAUGGGUGCAGCAAGGUGGGCCUGCUGUAUCUCUGAAGACUGUAGGAAUUUUACGAUUUGUUGUUGUCACUGCUCCGGUCGUGUCAAAGAACUUCGUUUCCCUUGUACAAACAACGGUGCUUGCCUUGUACAAAAACGCAAUAAGCCAGAACGAGUGGAGCAAUAGCAAAACUUUGACGAACACACAACUACUGUGAGUCGUCUUCUUCUACUUCCCGCGAGCUUCAUUCUCUUUCGGCAAAGUUGGCAGAGUUCCGG